AUGUUCUAUCGUAACUUGACUUGGGAAACUGCAAUUUCCACGAGAAAAACGCAGAAUUUUCCGCAAGGCUCAACAUUGAGACCAUUCUUCAGGAGGCAGACCUUCAGUGAUGAUGUCUCCACUAUUUUCGUUUUGGAAGAAGGUUUUUUUGUUUAUUCUGUUUGAAGCCAUCGAAGCACAGAACUUUUCUGAUGGAAAUUCAGUUGAUCCAGAUCUACUUCUCGAUCUCGAGCAGUUCCUACAAAAACACGGAUAUCCUGUAGAGCCACAUGAAAUCAUGACAGAUGACGGGUAUCUUGUGACCAUUUUUCGAAUUCCUCAUGGUCAAAAUGGUACUGGUGUGAAUACCAAACCAAUACUUAUGAUGCACGGUUUGACCGGUACAGCCUAUAAUUUCUUGUUCAAUGAAUAUUUCAACAAGAGCAUAGCCACGUAUUUUGCCGAUCAUGGGUAUGAUGUAUGGCUUGGAAAUACCAGGGGAAAUACUUAUGGUAGGAAACACGUAAAGCUCGAUCCUAACAAAUCGAAGUUCUGGAAAUUCAGCUGGCAUGAAAUUGGUCUUCAUGAUCUACCCUCCAUAAUAGAUUAUAUCCUUGAAAUCACAGGAAGGAAAAAUUUGUACUACAUCGGUCAUUCCCAAGGAGGCACUAUAUUUUACGUAUUGGCCUCUCUGAAACCUGAGUAUCAGAAGAAAUUUGCACAGGUUUCCCUUAUGGCACCUGGUGGUUUGAUGGGACAUUUCAACAACAGCUUCUUUAACGGGUUAGCGAAAAAUCACAGAAGGUUAUACCGAAUAGCUGUAAAUGCCAAUUUCCUAGAACUGCCACCUUCUUGGUUUAACUUGACCAAUUUUCUAACCAAUCUAUGCAUUGGGACGAUAAUGGAAAACACUUGUAAAAGGAUCUUCAUAACGAUGUAUGGAGAACACUCUGGAGAAUAUGAUGAGAGGAUAUUUCCCAUGCUGAUAAAUACCCUAACAUCUUCAUCUGUGAUGCAGGCUCUUCACUAUGCACAGAACAUCGAUUCAGGAAGAUUCAGACAGUGGGAUUUCGGCAAAAAGAAAAAUAUGGAAAUUUAUGGUCAAAUUGAACCUCCGGACUAUCCAGUGGAGAAAAUAGAAGUACCAGUGGCCAUAUAUUACAGUAGCAGUGACAUUAUGGCUUUUCCGGAGGAUGAAGAGGAAAUGUGUCGACGACUGAAAAACUGCAUCAAAUACAAGAUGGCAAAUCCAAAUUGGAAUCAUUUCAACUUCCUAUUGUCCAAGAACCCGAUUCAGGACUUGUACAAGCCUUUGAUGGAAUACAUGGAAACCUUUGAAAUUUCAUGAAGAAUAGAAGCUAACUCAG